AUGACAUUUGAUAUUUUAUAAAAUACAUAUUUUUUAUUAUAUCUGUAUUUUUUUUUAUUUUUAUAUUAUUUAUUUUGUUAUAUAUAUAAAAAUUAUAAAAAUAUUUUUUGUUUUAAAUAAAAAAAAAAUACAAAAAAAUACAAAAAAUUGGGAUUUGAUAUAGAUUAAUUUUUAGAAAAAGCAAAAGAUGGAUAAAAAUUGAAAGAAAUAGAGAUUAAAUUAAUUUGUAUUAAAAUAAAACAAAUAUUUUGUGAUGAAUAAAAUAUUAAAUUCAUUAAUUCUCCUGUAACAUUAGUAGGUGAUGUACAUGGUUAAUUCUAUGAUGUAUAAGAAAUCUUCAAAGUAGGAGGUGAACCUCCAUAUACUAAUUAUUUAUGGCUAGGUGAUUAUGUCGAUAGAGGUAGAUAUAGUGUAGAAGUUAUAACUCUUUUGUUUUUAUUAAAAAUAAAAUAUCCUGAAAGAAUGACAUUAAUAAGAGGUAAUCAUGAGGCAAGGGCAGUAACACAAAAUUAUGGUUUUUAUGUAGAAUGUUAAUCUAAAUAUGGAAAUUAAACUGUUUGGGAAUUAUAUACCGAUGCAUUUGAUUUUUUACCUUUAGGUUGUAUUAUAGAUUAUACAAUAUUUUGUGUUCAUGGAGGAUUGUCUCCAAAUAUUGAAAAAAUUGAAGACAUAUAUAAAUUAGAUAGGUUUUAAGAAAUUCCUAGGGAAGGACCUUAUACAGAUUUAAUGUGGUCUGAUCCUGCAGGGGAGAAGGAGUAUGGAUUUAUGAUAAGCGAAAGAGGCGCUGGUUAUUUAUUCGGUAAAGAUAUUGUUGAAAGGUUUUUAUUUAUAAAUGAUUUAACUCAUAUUUCGAGAGCACAUUAAUUAUGUACAGAUGGUUUUAUUGAAGUUUUUGAUAAGAAAUUGUCAACAGUUUGGAGUGCACCUAAUUAUAUGAUGAGAUUUAAAAAUAAAGCCUCUAUUUUAGAAAUCGAUGAGAAUGGAAAUAAAUAUUUUAAUGUGUUUAUGGAAAGCCCGGAAAAUAUGAAAAAAGAUGUGGGAGGGAAUGCUGGUGGGAUAUAAGGAAUUUAAAUGUCUUUUGAGAAGAAUUAUUUUAUAUGA